AUGGCGUAUAACCCUCGCAUGAGCAUCAUUCCUAGCCACCAGACCCAAUCACGCUCCCGGAAGAAGGAAGAUGAAGCCGACGCGUUUAUGCGACUCCCGGACAAGGAGAUUGUGGGGUGCAUCACGGACAUUGGCAUCCCAUUCACCGUGGCCGACUUGCAGAAGCCCAACCCGGUGCAGGUGCAGAUGAUCUUCGAAUGGUUCGCCGAGUUGCUCCUCAACGCGACGCGCGAGACGGUCGAGCCGGCGAUGCGCGCGGCCGCCGAGGACAUUUGCGGCGAGUACGCCGACGUGGUGCCGCCGGACACGCGCAACCUGAUGGGGUUCUACGUGUCGCUGCGCAAGCUGCUGCUGGAGUGCGGCAUCAACGACUUCAGCUUCAACGACCUGUACAAGCCGAACCACGACCGCCUCGUCAAGAUCUUCAGCUACCUGAUCAACUUUGUGCGGUUCCGCGAGAGCCAGACGGGCAUCAUCGACGAGCACUUCAACAAGGCGGAAACGGCCAAGGCGCGCAUCGAGGCCCUGUACGGCGAGAACCAGGACAUGGAGGGCCGGCUCGGGGACAUGCGGCGCAACCGCCGCGCCAUGGAAGCGCAGGUGCGCGAGAAGACGCAGCGCAACGAGGAACUCAAGAAGACGCUCCUGGAGCUGCGCCGGAACCAGGAAAAAGUGGCCACGACGCUGGAGGAGGCCAAGACCAAGAAGAACGAGCUCACGGCGGCGCUCGAGGCCAAGACGGCGGCGAAGCUGGCGUGCAAGCAGGAGAGCGGCAAACUCCGCCCCUACGUCCUGCAGAGCCCGUCGGCGCUGCAGGCCAGCCUGGCCGAGCUGAGCAACACGCUGGCGCACGAGAAGGCGCGGAUCGACUCGCUGGACCGCCGGUCGCGGGCCCUGCAGACGUCGGCGGACUCGUUCGCGGUCGUCUCGACGGACGUGGCGUCCUGCAUCAAGGUGCUGGAAGAGGUGGCGGCCGAGCUCGCCAAGGAGGAGGAGGAGAACCUGCGGAAUGCGAGGCAGCGGGACGCCCUCUCGGAGCGCGGCAACAACGUGCGCGAGGUGGAGCGGACCGAGGCGCUGCUGCAGCGGCAGCUGCUGAAGUGGAACGAGCGCACCGAUCGGUUGCGCGAGCAGAGCGCGGCCAAGGCGCAGGAAGCCAAGGAGAAGAUGGAGGAGCUUCGUGUCGUGCAUCGCAGGUUGACCGAGGAGAGGACCGAGAAGGGUAGGGAUAUGGAAAGGAGAAGGGUCCGGAUCGAGCAGACAGAGAAGAAGAUGCUGGAUCUCAAAGAGAACAUCGAAAACGAGAUACACAGCGCUCACGACGAGUAUCUCAAAUUGGAGGCGCACAUCAAGCUGUACAUGACAGAGAUGGAGCAGCAGAUC